GUACCUUGUCACGAUUCUGUUAUUAAACUACAAUUGUACCACAACCCUCUGUUGGGUCAGAAGGUCCCUUUGGGGGAAGCUAGUCUGGACUUAGUUCAUGACACGCUGAGAUGCAGGCGGACUAGGAGGGCGGUAGAGCUCCCUAGGGGACAGAUCCAACUGAGCAAUCCAGCAUACCCUGGGCAGUGUCGCGGGUUUAUAGACUGCCAGAUGAAGUUGCUCCCGAUAGAGGAAGCGAAUGCCAUGCCUGUUGGGUCGGGGAGAGACAUGCCUAAUAAGGAUCCCUAUCUUGAUCCGGAAGAUGCGCAUUUGAGAGAGCAUCGCUCCGCUCUGGGGAAUACGGCUUUUGGUCGACGAGCAAAGGCGCUGGGGGAGAGUCUGAUGAAAGGUUACAUCCAGUGUUACAACAGUUGCAAGGCGACUGGAUCGCACUGCCCUCCGGGGCUACUAUAA